CACCGUUGUCAACCGCCACCACCACCACCACCACCACCACCACCACCACCCAUUAAAACCUACACCUUAAAAGCUGCUUCCAUCUCCUAUUCAAAGUCACCCACUUCCCAUAUCCUCCAACACAUCUCUCUCGCCGCUUACCCUGCCCAAAUCCUCGCCAUUGUCGGCCCUAGUGGUGCCGGAAAAUCAACUCUACUCGACAUUUUAGCCGCCCGCACCGCCCCCACCACCGGCACCCUCCUCCUCAAUGCCGCCCCACUCACUCCUUCAUCCUACCGGAAACUCUCUGCGUACGUCCCUCAACAUGACUCCUGCUUGCCGGUGCUCACCGUCUCCGAGACCUUUGCGUUCGCCGCCCGGCUAUUGCAACCCAAAGCCGUCCAAAUUGCAGACGUGGUCACUAGUCUGUUAUCGGAGCUCCGGCUGACACAUUUAGCACACACACGACUUGGCCAUAACCUAUCCGGUGGCGAGCGGAGGCGUGUUUCUAUUGGCCUCAGUCUCCUCCAUGAUCCCGGAGUUUUGCUUCUUGAUGAACCCACCUCCGGUCUAGACAGCAGUUCGGCUUACAAUGUGAUGCAGACUCUCAGAUCUAUCGCCACUUCCCGUUGCCGGACGGUGAUCUUAUCGAUACAUCAACCCAGCUUCAAGAUCCUUUCAACCAUUGACAGAAUUCUGUUGCUAUCCAAAGGGAAAGUUGUUCAUCAUGGAACUCUACCGUCCCUUGAGGAAUACUUGUUAUUAAAUGGUUUUACAGUCCCUCCACAGCUCAAUUCACUCGAAUACGCCAUGGAAAUACUAACCCAGCUCCAAGUAAUCAAACCCAUUGCCCCACCUUCCCCCAUCGAUCCCACACUCGCUCUUGUUCGCCCCAAACACGACCCCAUUCGUUACCGGAGCUCGAGGGUUCAGGAGAUCAUCGCUCUGUAUGGUAGAUUUUGGAAGAUCAUCUACAGAACGAAACAGCUACUUUUAACAAACACCUUGCAGGCAUUAGUUGUGGGUGUUGUAUUAGGAACAAUUUACAUCAACAUUGGCUUCGAUAAAACUGGGAUCGAGAAGAGAUUCGGCCUUUUUGCCUUCACUCUAACCUUCCUCCUCUCUUCCACAACCGAAACACUCCCAAUUUUCAUCAACGAGAGGCCGAUUCUGCUUCGAGAAACAUCAAGUGGCGUUUACAGGCUAUCAUCAUAUCUUGUAGCAAACACCCUCGUCUUCUUCCCAUAUUUGCUCGCGAUCGCGAUCGUCUACUCCGUAUCAGUCUACUUCUUGGUGGGUCUGUGUCAAACAUGGCAAGCAUUUUCUUACUUCGUUUUAGUGAUCUGGAUCAUCGUAUUAAUGGCGAACUCAUUCAUCUUGUUCUUGAGCUCCGUGGCACCAAACUACAUCACCGGAACCUCACUGGUAACUGUACUUCUUGCCGGAUUCUUCCUGUUCUCCGGCUACUUCAUAUCGAAAGAAAGUAUGCCAAAGUACUGGGUAAUGAUGCAUUACUUGUCGAUGUACAAGUACGGGCUGGAUGCACUGUUGAUCAACGAGUAUUCAUGCAUGACCACCAGGUGUUUGAUAUGGUAUGAAGAGGAAAGCCAGACGUGCAUGGUGACCGGCGGUGAUGUGUUGCAGAAAAGAGGGCUCCAUGAGAACCAGAGAUGGAUCAAUGUUUAUAUAUUGAUUGGGUUUUUCGUCUUCUAUCGUCUGCUUUGUUUACUGGUCUUGAUUCGAAGGGUAUCAAGAUCAAAAAAGUAAUGAAGCAGUUGUUGGUUU